UAUUUAUUACAUGUAUUAAUUUUUCCCCCGAUUUUCCACCAUUUUUGAAAAUUCAAAAUCUUUUUUUGCUUCGUAUUAAAAGAAAAUAUCUCUCUUUUUCUUUUUCUUUUUUACUUCGAAAAACAAGGGAAACGAGUGAUGUUAAUGAUUAGCAGCGAACCAUAUUGAUAAUGAUGAUGAUGUUCAUCAUCGCCAAUCAUUAUGUGCAGCGGAUAAUUACACUGUUAUGGCGCAGAUGGUGACAUAGCAUCCAAAUACCGCAAAUCGAGGGAAAUUUUUGUUUGUUUUCGUUCGCACUUGUUUCGGAUAGUGUUUUGAAGACACAUAAAUAGAAAAUGGCAACAGCUUCUCUGAUUCAAGCAGGGUGUGGGUUUUCUCCGAUUUUCAGUAAUAAUAGUAAUAAUUGUAGUUUCCGAACCGGAUUCGUCGGACCGGUCGGUCCUCACUCCUCUUCUUCUUCUUCAUCUUCGUGUUCUUGGUCUUCGCACAAUUUGAAUUUCUCUUCCGGAACAAAUAGUAAUUGGAAACAUCAAGGUCUUAGAGCUCAAGCAAUGAGUACCACUACACAAGGAGGCUUUGCUGCGGCCGGCCGUAUCGGGAAUGGAAAAAACGAGCCCGAUCACCUUCUUGUUCUUGUUCAUGGCAUCUUAGCUAGCCCUAGUGAUUGGACAUAUGCAGAGGCCGAGUUGAAAAGGCGGCUCGGAAGGAACUUUUUGAUUUAUGCAAGUUCGUGUAAUUCGCAUACUAAAACCUUUGCCGGGGUCGAUGGAGCCGGGAAGCGUUUAGCGGAAGAGGUUCUUCAAGUUGUAAAGAAGAGGGAAAGUCUGAAACGGAUUUCGUUUUUAGCUCAUUCUCUUGGGGGCUUGUUUGCAAGAUACGCAGUCGCUGUUCUUUACUCGGAAAGUGACUCGAGUGGUACCCAGUCUAAUAAUGUAACCGAUUCUUCGGAUGGAAAUUUACAAACUUCAGCCCCUUCGAGACAAGGUAUGAUUGCUGGACUAGAGCCGGUCAGUUUUAUUACCUUGGCAACGCCACAUCUCGGGGUCCGAGGGAGAAAACAGCUUCCUUUUCUAUUAGGACUUCCGUUAUUAGAGAAACUCGCCCCACCAAUUGCUCCGUUUGUUGUUGGUCGAACUGGUAAGCAACUGUUUCUCACCGAUGGCAAACCGAGCAGACCACCACUGCUUUUAAGGAUGGCAUCUGAUUGUGAAGAGGGAAAAUUUCUAUCUGCCCUUGGUGCAUUUCGGAAUCGCACUGUGUAUGCAAAUGUAUCUUACGAUCAUAUGGUUGGUUGGCGUACAUCCUCUAUCAGGAGGGAGAAGGAACUUGUCAAGCCCCCAUCACAAUCUUUGGAUGGUUAUAAACACGUUGUCGAUGUCGAGUACUGUCCACCUGUUUCUUCUGACGGCCCUCAUUUUCCUCUGGAAGCAGCCAAAGCAAAAGCAGCGGCAAAGAAUGCGCCCAACAUAAAAAAUACAGUCGAAUAUCAUGAACUCAUGGAAGAGGAAAUGAUACAAGGUUUACAGAAAUUAGGAUGGAAAAAGAUCGAUGUCAGCUUUCACUCGUCGCUUUGGCCCUUUUUUGCACACAAUAACAUUCACGUGAAAAACGAAUGGUUUCAUAACGCCGGUGCCGGAGUGAUUGCUCAUGUUGCGGACACUCUUAAACAACAAGAAUCGUCUUCCUCGUUUAUUUCCGCGAGCUUGUAAGUGCACUAUUGCUAGUAAUGCUUUGAAAGUAUAUUGUAUAAAAUAAAACUACAAGAUGGGAUGAAGAAAAAUGAAAAUGUUUCCCAUUUCCAUUGAUUUGCACAUUGCUCAUCUAUAGGCACCCGUUAACUCGAUAUUUUCUGAAUAUAUGCAUCGGAUUUCAAUGUUUUGCCGAA